CAGCGAUCUGUGUGCGAGCGUCUUUUAGAGAUCAUUUGAUGGAUUUACAAAGGAUUUACCUUCAUGAUUCUUCAGUAUGACGAUCGUCACGAGCCAUUCAAUGCCCUCAGCUCUCCACUGGCAGGAGAGUUUUCGGAUCUGCGGCUGAAGCGACUUCGUAACGGCAGAAGCUGCUGCUGGAAUGUUCCGUCAGGGCAGCAACAGUGGGAAUAAACGCAUGACAAGCGGUGCUCGUCUCUCCCAGCCCAUCAUCCCUUUGUCCCUGCCUACCGCAUCCUCCAAAACGCUAGAAAUGGGCCGCAGCUCUAAGACAAACCCCCUCAACGCUAUGGGCCUGGACCACAAUAUCGCCACCUCGGGAGGGGAUCCCGAAUACAUCAUGCAACUGGUCAAUGAUGUGCGCAAGUUUUCUGAUGUGCUGCUGAGCCUUAAAGAGGCUUUUCAUUCCAAAGAAAGUCAAGAGUGCUCGCAGCACGUGGUGAAUGAGCGUCUUGGGGAGUUGGUCCACGUGUUGAAGGCCGUCAUUGGCAAACACCAGGCACUGAACUCAUCCGAAAUCCUUGGUGCCGCGGGGACUGUUAUUGCUAAAGUCAAAGGCGUGAACUUCAAGGAAGUUAAUAACGAAAAUAAAAGCACAAUAUUUGGCGAGAUACACACGUCGAUUGACACUUUGGCAUUCACCUUUGGCAAUGUAGUGUCUGACUUCCUUAUGGGAGAUGUGGACGGUGGCUCCAGGUUGGGGUAUCCCCAAGCCAGAAGAAGUCGUUCUUUUGAAAACCUCUCUGAAGAUUCACGAGGCUGCAGUCAAAACGAUCUGGCAGACCAUUCUCUGUCUCCAGAACUGUCCACAGUGGAGCAGGUGGACCUUCUUCUCCUGAAGAAUGACAGCGGUGUAGAGUCGGCUCUGCUCUAUGCCAAGGCCUGGUCCAAAUACACCAAAGACGUUCUGGCCUGGGUGGAGAAACGCCUAAGCCUGGACAUGGAAUGUGCCAAAAGCUUUGCCAAGAUGGCAGAAUCCGCAAAGGCUGUAGCAAGUCAACAGGAUUUCAUGCCUUUCCGGGAUAUCUAUGUCUCUGCCUUUAAAAAUGAAAUCGAGUACAAUCAUGUACUGCUCCAAACGGCUGCAGCUCUUCAGACCAACAAAUUCACACAGCCACUGCUGGCCCGCAAGAAUGACCUGGACAAGCAGAGGAAAGAGAUUAAAGAACAAUGGCAAAGAGAGCUGAAGAAAAUGAACGAGUCAGAAAGUGCUUUAAAGAAGGCUCGGCUGUUGAAAAUGCAGAAGAGGGAGGAAUACGAGAAGGCCCGGAGCUCGACCAGCCGUACCGAGGAGGAGCAGCCAGCAGCUGGAGGCAGGACACUGGAGAAGAAACGCAGAGUUGAGGAAGAGGCCCUACAGAAGGCAGAGGAAGCGCAGGAGCAGUAUAAAGCCUGUGUGGCCGAUCUGGAGGCCAAGAAGGUCAGCCUGUCAAACGCUAAGAGUGAGAUCCUCGCACAGAUUCGGAAGCUGGUCUUCCAAUGUGACCUGACCCUCAAAGCGGUGACAGUGAACUGGUUCCAGAUGCAGCAGGCUCAGACUAUGCCCCUGUCCGUCAACUACCAAGCUCUAAGCGAACAAGCCAAGAAGUACGAACCAGGUCAGCGCUACUCUGAAUUUGUGCGCAGUCUCCCUAAAGAGCGUGUGUGGCUGGAGUCUCUGUCUCAGGACAUCACCGCUUCCUCAAAAACGGGAAUGUCUCUUCAUAAGAGGUCUCAGAACAGCACCCGCUCGUCUCAUGGGAACCUGUCGCAGGGCUCUGCUACAUCUAUGGAUAAUCACAGCGCAGACGAGGUGGAGGGUAACAUGCAGCCAUGCAAGGCCAAGAUUGCAGAGAGGCGCUCCAACAGCAGUAUAGACAUGCAAGUGCCGAGGACGCAGGGCUCUCAGCGGGCCUGGAGCUCAGGCAGUGCCGGUGGAGGAGGGAUGUGCAGUGACUCAGAGAGCGCUGGAGGAAGCAGCGAGUCUCGCUCCAUGGACUCCCCCACAGCCAGUCCAGGAGAUUUCAAACGCAGGCUUCCCAGAACUCCCUCCACUGGUACCAUGUCUUCUGCGGAUGACCUGGAUGAGAGGGAGCCACCUUCCCCAUCCGAUACUGGCCUCUCUGAAAUGGUGAUGGAAACAGCCAGUUCUCCAGGCCCUUUCCGCAAUGCCCAAAUGUCAAAAGCAGCUCACACACACAAACUACGAAAACUGCGAGCGCCUUCCAAAUGCAGAGAGUGUGACAGUCUGGUGGUCUUCCAUGGGGCAGAGUGUGAGGAGUGCUCCCUGGCCUGUCAUAAGAAAUGUCUGGAGACUCUUGCCAUUCAGUGUGGUCAUAAGAAGCUCCAGGGCAGACUGCACCUCUUCGGGAUUGACUUUGCCCAAGUAGUAAAGAACAGUCCUGACGGCAUCCCUUUCAUCAUCAAAAAAUGCACCUCAGAAAUCGAGAGUCGUGCCCUGACCAUUAAGGGCAUUUAUCGGGUGAAUGGGGCGAAGUCUCGUGUGGAAAAGCUGUGCCAGGCCUUUGAGAAUGGAAAGGACUUAGUGGAGCUUUCUGACCUCCACCCGCAUGACAUAAGCAACGUGCUGAAGCUUUACCUGAGACAGUUGCCAGAGCCGUUGAUUCUGUAUCGUUAUUAUAACGAUGUCAUUGGGCUGGCGAAAGAAACUCAGAACAUGGACAAGACAGACUCAGCUAAAGAGAAAUCAGCAGGAGAGCAGCUGGGCCUCAGCACUGAGCUGAAAAGAGUGCUCUUCAAAGUCAGAGAUCUCCUUCGACAGCUUCCUGCGCCCCACUACAAAACCCUGCAGUUCCUCGUCACACAUCUGCACAGAGUUUCAGAGCAAGCUGAGGAGAACAAGAUGACCGCUAGUAACCUGGGCAUCAUCUUUGGCCCCACGCUCAUUAAGCCCAGACAUUUGGAGGCAGAAGUGUCGCUUUCCUCCCUGGUUGACUAUCCUCACCAGGCCCGCAUGGUGGAGCUGCUCAUCAAACACCAUCAGAUGAUCUUUGACGUGCCCCUCAGCCCCAUGUCUCCAACCAGUCCAACUGUAUCACAGGCUUCCUUUGGGUCCAGCAUCCAGGACAAAGAGUCCAAACUCAGCCGUCACUCUAGAUCCCUGAUGGACAUCAAAGAGAGUGCAAAACUCUACAAGAGACACUCGUCUGUGAUCAUCCCAGCUCAGCUCAUGGAGGAAGGGAAGGAAAUGAAGACUGGAGACCACAGAGUACAAACAUCUGGUGAGGGCUCAGAUGUCAACGGGGUUGGUUUGACUUCUGUUGACUCCACAUCUGUGUUCAACCGGCCUGGUGCCAGCAGCCGAAUGGUGCAGCUGAGACCUCAGCGUGCCAAGCCGGUGUCUCGACCAAUCAGCAUGCCCAUAGACCGCCUACUCAACGAACGCAACAGCCGCAACACAGUGGAGCAUGAUCACUCACCCGCCGCCAUUGAGGAGACCACUGAACCAGAGAAACCGACAACACCACGGCACACCAACUUUUACAGGAACCCCUUCAUUGACACUCAGACGCUGAGGAGGACCUGGGACAGGCAGUACAGACAUUAUGACGUCACGCCCAGGACUGCAAUGAUAGUGGCCAACCUGCCACCUUCCGGUGUGCAGAAACAGCCUGAAAUUAGUAUGGGAUCCCAAAGCAGCACCUCUAGAAAAGAUGGUACAAGCCAGUCUGGUGUGGCUCCAAUAUCGUUCAGAGCAGCACGGACACUAAAACCCUCUUCUCCUGGAACGUUCUAUAGACCUCCCUCUGGAGGCCAGUUGAAGCCAUCUGACUUGCUGGCAAAAUCAGUUUCAAGAGCGCCAACCACUACCACAGGAGCAAUUUACACAACAGCCAUUACUGUAUUAACAACAGCCAGCACGUCAUCAGUCAUGACGAUCUCUACAGCGGUCACGACUCCCCCCACCACGCCAACAACAUCAGUGACUGUCGCUCUGACAUCCAAGCCCACUUUUACAACAGUGAGCAGAAGUGUGUCAGGAGGAGCAGGGGAAGGACUGUCAGAGAGCGACUUGCUCAGCCCAGUUACACUCUCUCCACCUCAGUCUCCAGUCUCCAGCACUGAGGAGCUCAGCCCGACAGAUGCCAAACCCCUCUAUCAGAGACGCAGUCGCCGCAUGCAGGAGCUGGAGCAUCGAGAGGCUCAUUUUGUGUAAACUCUUCUGCAUGGUACAGCAUAGGGGCUUUCACAUCAGUGGAACUAUUUUACUGUUCCUAGAACUAUUAGCAGAACUACCAACUUUUUGGCUUGUUUGCACCGCAGGAACUAAAUUGUUUCCCAGGUUGGUGCAGGGUCCAAAGUAGGCAUGGGCUGGUAUAAGAUUCUGAUGGUAUGAUAACCUUGGAUAAAAAUAUCAUGGGUUCACGGUAUUGUAAUUCCUCUUCUAAAAUAUGCUCUUUUUAAAUUUCUGGGUAAAAAAUAAAAACUUUGUUCCUUUUUGAACACAAUAUAUUUUAUUUUGAGAAACUUUUAAAAUAUUUUGGAGCAGUAAACAUGUCAGGCUAAGUAAUUCAAUGAAUUGACUUCUGCUGUCUUUAUUAGUUUCCAUUUUUAAUUGAUUUGUUUACAAUUAAAAAUGGCAUCUUUUAAUAUUUUUUUCUGCUGGAGAUACUCUUGUUCAAAAAAAAAAAAAAUGUUACUAAAAAGUCUCACACAUACCUUAGGAACGAUAUUACAGAAAAUUUUGGCAGUUUUAAAACCUUGACUUUUCCAAACCGCAGUAUACAGUGAAAACGGUCAUCGUCCCAUGCCUAGUCUAAAGGCUCUGUUACACUUCAAACAAGAUUCUUUAUCUUUCUUUGUUUGAGAAGAAAACAGAAGUUUAAAAAGGUUAUAUACUACACAACACAAACUAACUCAAUAAAAUGGUUCCCAAUUAGAAUCAGUUAGAGUGUGUGUGUGUGUGUGUGUGGGUGUACGCAUCGAAGAGCUGCUGAGCUAACAGCUGACAAGUGAUUUAGUCUUACUUUGUGCUUUGUGUUCCAUCUUCAUUAUCACGAAAACACACAAUGAAAGCACAGCUUUAAUCACACUGUCCUCCAUCAUCUAGUGCUCCAUAUCAACUGGAUUACAGUACUUUAGAGUUGCUGAGGGCAACUAGAGAAUAUAGCUUUGGGAGAACUGGGCAUGUUGUUUAGUUUCUUUAACUAUCUGGUGUGAAAGCCCCUUAUUGGCUUAAUACACGGCCCUCAAAAUGUCAUUUUAUAAUAGUCUUGUAGAUUUGUCUGCUAUUGUAUGUAUUUUUUUGUCAACAUUUGUGCCAUAUUGUAUAUAUGAAAUUGUUUUAAUAUCCCUUUGAGAAAGGGUAAGACUAUUAUGAGGGGUGAAACGUCUCAAUGAAUUUUUUGUUAAAGUCCCUUUAAGCUACUGUUUGAGCCAGAAGUAUCAGCAAAGGUCCAAAUCAUUUGUGACAUUCACUUAUCCACAAGUGAGCAGUUUUUCCUUAUUUUUUAUUAUUGUUUCUGAAUGCUUAUGCCAAAUGUGUCUCAUUCUCAUUAUCUCAUUGACUGUGAUACUGUAUGUUGGCCAUCCAGAGGUUUUAAGAGACACUUCUAUAUCAGUAAAUAAUCGACGUUUCAGAUCUUCUGUGUAAUAAUUGUAUAAACUCAACAGAAUUGUGUACAGUAUUGUCUGUAUAUUCAUGCCAACCUGCUCAUUGGGAUGCACUUGCUAAGCCUAACUUUUUAAUCUGCAUUUAAUGCUGUGCCACUGCAUCAUCACUGCCAUCACACAUAAUAAAUCAGUUACAGUAUAAAUAUAUAUAUAUAUAUAUAUAUAUAUAUUUUGAAAACACUUCUGCUCUUGUGUUUAGGCUGAGUGAGUGCAUCUGUUUCUGUUUUAUUCACAGUUAUAUAUGCAUUCGUUUACAUUUUGUACACAUAACCUGCUGCCAUAAACAUAUCCUUGAAGACUUGCAACAUGUUUGCGGAUUAAAUAUUUAGAAAAAAA